CCCAGCGCCGCCGCGCGCAGUUCCGGGUCACGGCGGCCAUGGAGGCCGGGCAGGGACCCGGCCCCGGCGGCGACGCGGCCGAGAGGGAAGUACCUAAGCCUUAUGUUCCGACAGAGGAGGAAAGAAGACUACUCAAGGAAUGUGCUGAAGAGAGUUUCACAUAUAGAGCUUUUCCUUUGGCUGCAGUGAGCAUGCUUGGUACUAGUUUCUUAAUUAGAAAAGGUGUUCUAAGAGAUAGCUCAAGACUUGGCUCUUUUAUUAAAGUUGCAUUUGCUGGAAUGUGUGGAUACCUGGCUGGAAAGAUAUCCUACUUGCCAAUCUGUAGCGAGAAAUUUAAGAAACUGAAGGAUUCCCCAAUAGGAGAUGUUCUACGACAAGCUCAGAGACAUAGUUCACCUAACCGUUCCAGUCGUAAAUCUGAAUUUUCAGACACACCUUCUCAGUCAUUUGAGUCAUCUUCUCCAAGAGCUGGAUUCCCACCUUCUUCUAGCUAUUCAGAUGAUUACAGCUCAACAGAUAGAGCCCUCUCAAGUUAUGAACCCAUUCCAUUCAGUGCUUCUCUGAAUGAAUCUUCACCUACAGGAAUUACUGAUUACACCAUUCAAGAACCUGCUCCAGUUCCAGAAGAAACUCGUAAAAGAAAAGGCAUCACAUAUGAGGAAUUAAGGAAUAAACACAGACAGACAUAUGAAGUAAUGCAACCACCAAAGGCAGAAACUCCAAGCAAGUUUUCACAGGAAAAACCAGCUAAAGAAGUUAAAGUAAAUAAAUAUGGAGAUACCUGGGAUGAAUAAGAAUCAGAUGAAGAACUGAAGAAAAUUACCUCCUCUCAGCUAACUUGAACUUCAACUAGAUUAGUCAUGAGUAUCAGCACCUUUGGUGUGCUGCGCCAGACACAACUAUUAAUAAAUGAGGAGAAACUCCUGACUUGCCAGAAGAUUAAAAAAUGUAUUUAUGCUUAAUUUUUUUUAAUUUUGCAUAAAUGAAAAACAAGGCUAUUAUCGGGUGUCAUGACUAUAAACCAUUUAUGCUGUUGUUUAAGAAUGAGAAGGGUAACUGGUAAUAUGAACAUAUAGCAUAAGGUAAAAAUACAUGUAAAUACAUGCAAUCCCAUGUGUUGAGUAGGGAAGAAUAUCAGAAUCUUCUCAAAUUUUCAAGACUUGCAUUAAAAGUUACCUCUAGAACUCAA